AAACUCUGAGAUCAGGGAGGGGACAGUCCACAGUCUAUCCAGCUGGAUACAACUGGAUAGCAGCAUCAGCAGGACUCUCCUAAACUGCCACACGAACACUCUUACCUUACUCAAAGCUAAAUGUGCCGCACUGACUCAGUGCUUUCUGAUUUAUUUGCUCCCUUAUUCCCUUGCUUUAUGGAAGGGAGGUGAUUGUCCUCGCCGCCAUUUUUAGGGAACUGCCUUUCUGAGAGAGAGAAACUUUGCUAGCUAUACCACCAAACGUUAGCAGCAGCAGCUAGCUUGGCUGGUCGGUUAUUGCUCGUUGACAGCCGUUAGCUGAGUCCGCCAGCCUCAUAUUAUUCAUGUGUCCACCAAUAACAUGGUAAAGACUCGUGUUAUCGCUGAAGUGAACAAACAGCUAGUCAAAGUAAGCGUGACCGUUUGUGCACAGUGAAGGGUAAUUUAGCGGUGCUAACUUGUUAGCUUGUGAAUUCACACUUUGGUUUUCUGCAUUGACUCGUCUGUGAUUUUGGCGUCAGCCUCCUGAACAAGGUGACUGGAUUUACCAGCGGCGUUUACUAGCCGACUCCCAGCCGAUGUGGAUUAAUUUUGACCAGGUGAGUUGGAAGCUAACUUUAGCUUACUGUUAACCACAUAUGGAUAGAUUUGUUGUCUAACGCUACAUGCUGUUCUGGAGCUUCAUUUCAACAUUGGUUAGCUUCCGAGCUAGCCAGCUAAAUAUGUUGCUGUUCACUAGCGACCAUAAAGUUGCUGUCACAACUUGCAUCGACAGAUUUUAGACCACCUUACUGGACAACUUCAAUGAAGCCUUGUUUGCAUUGGGGUUCUCACCAAUAUAAUACGGUCAUAAAUGAUCUCAGUACACAGAGGACAGGGAUAGAGGGCUCAAUGAUGGUUGCUUUGCUUCGUUAUUAAUAAUAACAGAUUGCUCUAAACCAAGAAGCGUUAGCAAGCUACACUAGCUUGCUAAUCCGCUUUAUGCAACUAUCGUUGCAAGCAGUGCCACUCCCUCGUUUCUGUUUUUGUCCACUGUGGCUGUACGUGAAGUGAAACUCGGCUGUGGAGGUGACUGUUUUCGGAAGUUUGUUUAUCUGUCGGGGACUCCAUGAGGCACAUACUGUCUGAACAGCUCGAUGUGUGACUGACGGUAGGUGACAUUGGUCCGUGUGCCGCUUGCAUGUUCUGCCAUUGUGUUUACAAGCAGCACUAGCCAGCAGAGUCUGACAAAUCAUGGUGAUAAUCAUUGUGUAAGCGACAGGCAGAGCUCACAUCCAUCUGUGCCGCUGAUGAUGGCUGUUUUUGUGCACUGACGUGAGUCGCAUUCUUCAGUUUUCUCUGUUGAUAUUGCGUAACAGCAGCUAUCACUCGGCAAGCUACUCUUCUGCUCGGUUUAUCUUUGACUUCGCACUUUAACUUAUGCAUGAUAGCUACACAUGGAUGCUACAAAACAUCAUGAAUCUGGUUAAACCGCGCGCUGUGAGACAGUUUGGCCAUUCGUGUAAACAGGACGCUUCGCUUUGUUGACGUGAUUUGUCAGAUUUGAUGUGUAAGGUUUGCUGGCUGUAAACACCUUCACACCUACACAUGUUUUGGGUUUUAUGUACCAUUAAUCACAGAUCACUGCAGUAUAAGCAGCUUACCCAAGAACCCAUCUUUGUUGGUAUCUUUGCUACGUGAUGAACACAAUGUCCACGUUAUAGAUGCAGCCCAUAGACUUGAUCUGAAAUGCAGGUACGACUUGUCCUUUUACUGAGUUGUCCUGCACAUCCCUGCUUACCUAUGUUGUCUGUAACCUGUGCACACAUACACACCUAUUCUGCUCAGUUUUUUGUAUCUGCAUAAAGCCCAAGUGCAUUCACAGCUCCCUUUCUUUACUUUGAAGGAGUGACUGCUGGCUGGCGAUAAGAGGUGGCUAUGCAGCUGGUGUUGACUGUGAGCAUCUUGAUGUAGGAGAAGCCUGUGCAAGGUUGUGUAUUCUUGUGUGUCAGUGUUAUAUAUCUGGGGGUCUGGAUGUGGGCAACUGCACAAUGGAUUUAAGUGUCUCCCUAGGAAAAAUGGAUUAGACACUGGAGCAAACCCUGCUCUGCUUGCUAAAGUCUACAUCAAGUCAGUGACAGUCAGCCACUGCAGAACAAGUGCAGGUUCAACAAUAUGAUCCUCUGCAGCAGCACUGCCACCACAACACCAGUUUAUUAAAACCCUGUUUAUCAUUCUCAUUUUUAACCAUGUUGAAUCUCCUUUUGAAUUAAGUGCUUAUCAAAUUGAAAUUGUCCUUAUGUUUUAAUUUUGUUGACGGAUCAGACUGACAGUAGCGUCUUCAAUGUCAUGACAGAAGUGAUGUUGGAAAAAGUCAGGCUCUACUUCCUUAAGAAGAACAUCUGCUCAGGAUCUUAGACUGAGGCUGAAAACAUUCGGAAAUCAACAUAUUUGAUGAGUCAGAUUAUGAGCGAGGAGAAAUCUGAGGAGAGGUAGACCAGAAAAAACAUUUCCUUUCCAGGUGAUUGACAGAUGACUCAUUGUGUGCAGACAUUUAAAACAAUCCUGAUGGAUAAAGUCUACCUUUGUUUUUAAAUUCAGGAUGCAGAUUAAUGUUUCAAUUAUUUUAUUCUCCAGGUUUGGUGCUAGAUUUUAUAGGUUUUCUGAACAUUUUGAAUCAUAUCACGUUGAGUCCAAGCUGCUCUUUGACCCAGUCAUGCUUCUGUUUGUUUUGACAAAGUGAAAUCCUCAGAGAUUUUUUAGUGUUUCGGCGUGUGUCUGUCCCGUUGUUUGAGGUGUCAAAGACAAGUCAUCUUCUUUUAAGUGUUCUUUUUUUCCUCAGAGGAGACUCACCGUGCUGUUGAUGCUCAUGAUAUCCAACAGGAAAAGUGCAAAUGGAGCCCUGUGAGGGAAAUGGGAUGGGUCAAAUCCUCUUAGUGUUUGGUCUCUCCAUUCCUCUCUCCUGCAACCAUCAGUUCUACAGCAGCGCCACAAAUCGGGCUGUGUUGUUGUUGUUGACAUUGGGUAGUUAGAGAGCUUUCACUUCCUCUUCUCCGUGCCACAAUCUGUAAUCAGUCUGGGAAGCAGGAGCAUGGACACCCCACCCUCCAUCUUUGGAGAUAGAAACACACACUGUGUUAGCCAUUUCAACAAGAGCGCAUAUGUAGGUCAUGAAAUUGAACAUGCAAAUAUCCAGACAUUCUCUGAUUAGUGUUGUCAGCAUUCAGAUGAAACCGCUUUUGACUUUGUUUAAAAAAAGUGUAAUGGGGAAUAUCUAAUGUGCAGCAGUUCAACCUAGCUAAUACCAUUUGAUAAGGUGGAUCAGCUUGGUGCAUUCCUACUCUGAAUUAUUUAGCAAUACAGCAUUUAGCAUCAUGCUGAAGGACAUUUUCUAAGUGUGAGUGAGUAUCAAAUAGCAUAUGUUAUCUUUUAAAUGUACCUGUAACCAGCAAAAGUGAGAACAGGGACAAUCUGCUAAUGACAAAACAAAACAAAACAAAAAAACAGUCACACUGCAGCCAGCACGAUUAAUAACUGUGCCAGGGGAAUAUGGUUUUAGGGUGGUGGUUGUUGGGUUCUGUUUUUUGUUUCUGGAAAUUUAAUAUCAAAACAGUGUGGAGAAAGUGUGAUGGGUUUUUAGCUCUUCCUGAAAUCAUUUCUGUCUCUUGUGUGCAUCAUUGUUCUGCUCUUCUAUAACCCAGCAUACAGCAGGAUUGCUCUGGGGUUUCUCCUCUGUGUGGCUGACCCUGCUCAGUGAAGAGAAUUCCACUAUCAGGAUCGAUAGAGUAUUUGAUUAUUUAUUAUCUCUCUAUUUCCCUCCCUCUCGCCCUCUCUCUGACACAGCUUUGUGUCGUGGUUGUCUCUUCAUUAGGCUUGUUAGUGACUUUCCGAUGUAGGAGAGUCGGUUCAUAUCAUACAGUGACAGAGAAUGAACAAAAUAAAGAAAUCAGGGGCCACAUCUUGAACAUGCUGUUCUCUCUGAUAAGCGGUGGGUUUGUGUGUUGUGCGUACCGCAUUUUGCAGCUAGUCUCGUGACAUUGGGUUGAGCUGUGUUUCACUGUGUGGUUGUAUUUGUGAGGAAGGAUCCCUGAAAACGACUAACCCAAGUUCCAGUUUGAUUAUCAUGCUAGCAACAGCACACUGCAAGUAGAGAGUAUAGUUUCAGUGAAAGCUAGCUAAAUGUUAGCUACCUUUUCUUCCAACAAUAUUAUGUGUAACCUUGAUUAAAGUGAAAAAAGUAGCACUGUUUUUGGGAGCGCAGAUCCGGGGCCUAUAUAGCGAUUUGUAUGAAGCCCCGUCAGCUUUUCCUCCCAUAUUUGAACCACUGAGUUAUCAUGUUUCAACAAGCAAUCAAAUCAAGGAACCAAGACGCCCUGAAAGGCAGUUUUCUUGUUCAUUAGUGUGCAGACCAUCUCCCACAACAUGACCUUUUCUAAAUGUCCUCAGCUUGGACACACCCAGUGGCCUUUUUGUCAUGGGGAUCUGUUCAAACCAUUACAAACUUAAUCGAACACAGCACUCAUAAUUGUUUAAAAACAGCGAAGACAGGCUGACAUUUUAAAAAUAUGUAACAAUCAGAACAAGGACACCAGAACAGCUAAGAAAUGGCAUUAUAGUCCAGGCUGUUACAAAUAAAUGUUAACCAGUGAAUUUGUUCACAAAGUUAUUCAGAAAACCAAAAACUUCCAUAAAACUUGACUUCAACUUUAAUUUUCAUUAUGCAGUGUGUGGGUGCAGAAUAAUGAAAUUAACAAAACACAACCAGGGAAGGUUUCUUAAACACAGGUUCAAAAACCAAGAUAAUUUACUGAACAAAAAAAAACAGAGUCUUUGCUGGUGUUGUUUCUUCUCGCAGAUUUCCCUCUGUUCCAAUAAGUCCCACGACUGCAUGCUUUGUGUGAAAGAUAAAGAAACAAAAGUGCUUUUGAUGCCGUAAAGGCUGUCAGGGUUAUAAAGUGAACAUAAUGAAACAAAGAUAGAAGACUUUUGGCAGAGAUGUGGUGACUGCUUGUGAUUUCCUGACAAUAAUCGGCAAAAUCCCCUGUGAGACAACAAAUCAAACAAGAUUUUACAGCUUCACGACAAAGAGGAAUUCAUCGUCUUAUUGUAGCGACAAGUGUAGCAUUGCUGUUUCUCAUAUUGCCUACAGUGUGUAAUCAUUAAACACUCAUUCAGUAACUUUCCUUUUAAAAAUAAUAAUGAUGAAGUUUUGGCAACUCAGCUAAAACUCCAAAUUGAAGCCAUGAAUAAAUGUGCUGAAUCAAAGGAGGAAAUCAUGAGGAAUUGCUAUCAAAGUUAAGGAGGGAAAAGUCUGAAUUUCUUACAACAGUCCAGGAAGCUCGGACAGCAGAGUACUAACAUUUUUUGCUGUUCCUGCUAAUGUUCAUGCCUCGACAGUGUAUCAGGCUAUUUUGGGGGCAGGGACAGUCAGAAUUGUCUGUGCAGGGAAAUUAAUCAUUUAGAGUGCAGCAGUGAUUUUACUUUGUCAACACCACGUGUGAAAUUUUCUGCUUUUUACUUGAAAAACGACCCAAACUUUAAGCCACGGUUCAUUUAUGAUCAAGCCUCUCUCUUGCACACACAAAGAGAGAUCUGUCAAUGACAAGUGAACCUUAAACUUCGAGUCAUAGCUUAUCACAAUAUUUAACCACAUCCUUUAUCAUCUGGUUUCUAUCAUGGUCCAAAAGUAAAGCUGGCAUAUUGUGUCACUGUAAAGUAGCUCCUCUGUUUUGCUGUUGAGAAAUGUUUUGUCGGUGAGGUUGCAACACAUUAAGAAUGUGCUCUUGUGUUGCCUAACACCUGAGGUUCUCAGUUCACUGCUGUUCAAAGACAGUUUGAUGACGCUGAUGUGUGAUUUUCGCACAAAUUUCACCUGUUUCCCUCUUCAAGGAGUUCUCCAAGAUUUUAAGUGCGCUUGUUGUCAGGGUGUCUAUCAUCUUCUAGGUCUUGUAUAACUAAAGAGAGUAAUUAGAAGCAUUGUCUGCUAGACAAAUUAAUAAUUAACGUAGGUGUUAUUCUUAUGCAUCUCUCACAGAGUAAAAUGAUGCUAUCAUCACCUCAAGAGAAGAGAAACAAUCGUACUCUCCAAUAUGCUGCUAUGAAGAAAGAUAGUAUUUUGUUUUAAAGUUGUCAGGAUUGAAGAAUUUUUAACUUUGGUACAAUACCACUGAAAAUCAAACAAUAUCGACUAGUUAUUGGGAUACCACAGCAAUCAAAAAUGCACAAGCAAUUUAUGGUUCUGUUGUCUUUGACCUCCAACCUGCAUUUUAGCUGGUACAGAACAACGUCACUGAACAACUUCAACAAAAGGCAAAACAAGUUAAGACUUUUCUUCAAAAGUUUGCUGCUGGCGUGACUUUUACUCCUUAUUAGAGGCUCAAAUGACCUUGUAGACAUCAGUAUCAGACAUCUGUAGUACCAACUCUAGCAUCUUCCUGCAUGUCUGUGUGAAAGUGUGGACAUGAUUUUAAGUCCUUAGGUGCUUAAUAACUACCACUGAUUGUUGCUUCUUGCUUGCUCUUGCUGUCUUUCAUUCGUGGCAGCCUUUGGUCAAAAAUAUAAAAUGAGGGUUGUUUCUUUUUUAUCAACUUAAUGUUCUUCAAUACCUGGAUGAGUAUAACGGAUAUUAUAUCAUUUAAAAUCAAAUGAUAUUUGGAAGUUUUGGAAAGUAUUAGUUUCAAAUUUUUUAAAGACUGUAAUCCGUUUAAGGGGUGAGGCAACUAGGGAUGUUCCGAUACAACUUUUUGACUUUCGAUACAAUACCGAUAUUGAAGCCUUCAGUAUUGACCGAUAUCGAUAUCGGCACAAAAUUGUGCAUGACUAGUUUUUCACUCAGCUUCAAUGUCUUUUUUUGGACUUAAACAAAAAAUACUGCCACAAGGCCAACAUCACUCUUACUCCUUGCUACUUUGUUAGUACCUUAGUACACACUGUUGUUGUGAUUUUGUGGGCUCAGCUUGCUGGAUCAGGGUGCUGCAAGAUAGAUGUGCUGGAGCGGAGUCUGGAAUGGACUGCUUGUAUUGGAGUGCUGAUAUCGGAGAUUUUAGUUGAAGGCCUACAUAAUCUGAUUUUUUUUGCUGAUAUCGGACCGAUGUCUGAUAUCAAUAUCGUAUCGGUACACCCCCUAGAGUAAACUGAAGAGUAUAAGAAAUAAUUGUGUCACAGAGUCAGAUUGAUGAUAUGUUGCUGUAGUUAUAUUUUAUCACACUUCUAGUCUAAUUUUGCAGAUAUAGCACUUUCAGUAUACUUCUCAAUGAGUGUAAAAGUACCAUCAAUGCAUCAGAGCUUGUAUCAAUUUAAGGCACCUUCAUAAUGAGAUGUCAUACUGGACUAUAAUACAACUUCAUUAGAGCUGUUUUGAAUUGUGCAGCAGCACUGUGUCUUCAUAUCUUCUCCUCACAGUUACAUUAAUCCGACCUUCUUCCUGACACCAACUUUGAGCUUGGUCUAAAUGGCCCCUUUUACCCUAAUAGUCAAAGUUUGGUGUGGUUGGAAACAGUCAGCAGCCAAGUAUUAUGCAUUGCAGCGCUUAUCUAAUACUGUGAGCAUUAUGACAGAAUUAGACAAAAUGUGAAUCACUCUUUGUUCUGUGGUACCAGAUUAAAAGGAAACAGACUGGAUCCCUGUUAAUGUUUGAAAAGUUUGUUCCCAGCAGCGAUCGUAAGUUUCUCUACUCUCAGAUAUGUUCGUUGUCCUUGAGGGCUGUGCAUAUAAGUACAAGAGUUUUGCUCUUUUGUGUCUUAGUCAGCUGGAUGGCUUUUUUUAGCUGGACAAACCUUGUGACAUUCAGCUUUCUGUGUGGUUUUGGGACAUCUGGUUGUGUUAAUAAUUGCUUGCUAUGUUAGGGAAAAUGUUGUCAAAGACAUACUAAUGAAACUAUCUAUCAGUUCAACCACAGAGCUUUUCCAUGAUGCCAACAAGGGGCUGUUGAGGUGUGGAGGGCUUAAGAAAAACUAAGAUUAAAAGUUUAAAAAAAGAAAGAAGGAGGGAUUCUUUGAGGGAAGCAGGAUUGUUCACUCUUUGGUUGUUCACCUAGUUUGGUCUCUGAUAGAGGUUUUCAAAGUCAGAUUGACUUUUAGAUGAGAAAACAGAGUAAAAAGGUUCUUUGACACGUUCAGUGGAAUGUUUUUUAUUAUUCUUCAUUAUCAAAUAAUGCAAAAAUGUGUCAUGUUUACUCUAUCUGAAGUUUAAAUCAAAGAGGAAAGGAUGCAGUGGGUGUGGAUGACUGUUUGAUCAAACUGCUUUUUCUUGUUGAGAAAAGAAUCACAUCAACAUGGUUAGGUGAUGGUCGUGCACGUUCAUGCUGCUAGUGGCAGGAGCUGUUGUGUACUGCUCCCCCAAAAGGCCACAGACACAGAACAGGGACCUGACACACGAGGCUGCGGCCUUUGGUUCAACCUCUCAUGCAGGCACAACAUCAUCAGCCAGUGACUUUGCUUUGUAACCACAGGCAGUUUUAACAUUGCUGUAGCCUGAGUGACAUCACCCAUCGAUUACUGAAGCACCAGUGGAAAUGCUGAUUGAAUGAGUGUGUAUGUAGCUUACAGUGCGUCUGGAGCCGGCCUCAUGAGGACGCUGAGGAAACUGCAGGUUUUCAGCACCUCUAUAUUAGCUUCAUUGAAACAGCUGAUAUAGGUUACCAGAUGUACUGUUAGCAUGUGUACAUUAGGGGUGGGAGAAAAAAUCGAUAGAGCACAGUAUUGCGAUAUUUUGUCUGGUGGUAUAUCGUAUCCUUUCAUUCACCAAUUAUUAUUUUUUUUUUUCCAAAUUAAUUGCUUAUAUAAAGUCAAGUCUAUGGAAAUGGAAAAAUAAAAUCAAUUAUUUGUCCAGUGAGGUUGGCAGAGGUGACAUCAUAGAGCAGGAAAAAGUUAGUACAUUAAACAGCACCUGGGGAGGCACAGUAGGAAUGGAAGCAGGGCACAAAUGAAAUGGACAUAACACAAAGUUUGCAAGAUGUGCUACAUGAACAUAAAAUACUGCGUCAAUAAGACAAACAUAAAAAAAAGUAAGACAAAUGCUAAAUCAGCUUAGCAGUUAAAAAAAUGUUUAAAUCCCAAUAUUUGGUAUCACAAUACUCACUGUAUCGUGAAAUGUUUAGAAACACAACAAUAUUGAAUCAUGGCCCAAGUAUCGUGAUAAUAUCGUAUCAUAGGGCCACUAGUGAUUCCCACCCAUAAUAUACAUCUGUGUGUGCUUAAGUGGGGUCUGUGCACCAAACGCUGGUAUGAAUGUAAAUGUGCAUGUAACACGAAUUGAUCAGAAAACUUGAUACAUCCACCAGAGAAUCCUCAGUAAAAUCCAUCCUCAUUGAUCAUCCAGUGUAGCUCACUCCUCAUGACUGUAGGUCUCCUUGUUUCACUGGACGUAAAAUCAAUCCUCUAGCAGGAAUAUUUGCAUUACCCAGUCGUUCCAGUUACCUAAACAUUUGCAGUAAUUGCUGAGGCAGUCUGAACUGAUGACUUUGCAAUCAGCAGAUUAUAUCAUAGUAAGCACUUGGAGUGGAGGUGUGACUGGUGGCUAAAGGCUAUGUUUUUAAAAUACACCAGAGGAGCCGCUGACCUUCCUGAAAGUCAGUGCUUUCUUCAACCAGUUUGAAUACAUUCUUACCAAACGAGCAGUAACUGUCUUUUGCCAGUUGGGGGACACAUAUGUUGGAUCAGGGGGGUUAUGUGUUGGUCAUUGGAUGGGAUAUUUGAUGGGAUUGGUGGGGUUUGACAAAAAAGAAUUUAAAAGAUAUGAAACUACUAAAUUAAAAUAUUAAUGGCUGGCUCUGGUUUAAUACAUGCUAAAGCUAUAUGUCUCAGUGUUUUGAUCCUAGCGUCUUUAUGUAGUGUAUGUCUUGGUACAACACUGGAUAGAAGGAUCAUGUUUUAGUUUGGCCGUUGACUUUUCCAAUGGUGUCACUAAACGUAGCUAAUCUGAGCAGAUAGACCCUUUUAUGUACAGACUAGGAUAAGCCGAUGUUUUCAUCUCCUCUAACACAUCCAUCUUUUUCUCCUUGUCUUCCCUCUGACUGUUCUGUCAAUCUCCAGGGCCCCAUGUGCCGGUUCCUAAGGCCCAACCACUACUGCAAAUGAAUCUUCGGCUGCUUCGGCAUAGCUCAGCACCCAGAUAGUCCCGUCCCCUUUGUGUGGGUAAUAAGGGACUACGUCAACCAGGAUGCCCUCCUCUGUAAGGGCAGGCAGCCUGAAGGAUCCGGAGGUGGCUGAGCUUUUCUUCAAAGAAGACCCUGAGAAGCUUUUCUCGGACCUCAGAGAGAUCGGCCAUGGCAGCUUUGGCGCUGUCUACUUUGUACGUCCUCACACAGACCCAUAAACCUGAACUUGAACUAAUGCAGAAACAAAAGGCUGAAACAUCUCAAGACCAAUUAACUGUUUUGUUUACUAUCACAUCAAACACAGCUGUUGUUUUCUUAAAAAUUAAGCUAAUCACAUCUCAACAAAGCACUAAAACAACUCAUAAGCAAAGUUAUUAUGAGGUGUAAUAGCACAGAGGUGCUCCAGCCUGCUGUGACUCAGCUUUGCUUUCACAUCAGAACUUGUGUUCUUGUACGCUGUACACAGUGUGGUUAAAAAAGGACGAGGUCUGUAAAAACAUAUCCUCCAUGAAGGAAUGAGAUGUGCUGUGCUGUGUUGUGUGGUAUGUGCUCUGAACAUCAGUCUCACUAACUGUCGGUUGUGUUUCUCAGGCACGGGAUGUGCGCACCAAUGAGGUGGUGGCUAUCAAAAAGAUGUCCUACAGUGGCAAACAGUCCAACGAGGUGAGUUAGAUGUCUUGGUAACCCUUUCUUUUACGGUACACUUAUUACCAGGUAAUUAGUGGGUAAUUACCUAGUAACAACAUAAAAUUAUUUGGUAAUUACACGAUAACUACUAAGUCGAUACUGUCUAGCUACCAGGUAGGUAACCUUCCAUCAUCAUACAAAUUUGAAGUCGAAUUGCUCUGGUAUUUCCAGGAUUUUCUCCGCUUCCUGGAACCACCACUUGCACAGUAGCAUUGUACACAUUCGGCGGGUGAGACGCUGUGAUAAUGCUCGGCUCAAACAGCGUAUCGCUCCGCAAUCUUGGCAUGCCCAUAAGCUGUAUCAAGUGUCACUCAUAGAAAAUAAGAACCUCAAAUAGCUUUUGAAAAUGGAGCUGCACAGAAAAAAAGAAAAUCUAGACAGUAUUGACUUAGUAGUUAUCAUGUAAUUACCAGAUAAUUUGAUGUUGUUAAUAGGUAAUUACCUGUUAAUUACCUGGUAAUAAGUGUACCGUAAAAGAAAAGGUUACCAAUGUCUUUGAUUUGUACAAUAGUUGGAUUUACAGACUGCAAAGGUGUUCUACACUUGUCGUGAACUUUCCAUAUCCAUGCUCAUGUCCCUGUGAAAAAGAAUAAAAAGAAUAUUUAUUUAUUUAUUUAUUUAUGACCCUUGUUCUCUUGAAUGCAUUUUAUGAUACAGUCUUCAGGUUUAACAUCUUAGUGCCUUCUCAUAGUAUACGUUUGAACAUGAAAACCAGAGGAAACAAAGAGCCUGCUCCUGCAAUCAACAAAAUAGCAGAAAUCCGCAAACUACUUUGUUACAUGUUAAUCCGUCAUCUGGAAUGAGAUUAUCUUGAUAUUAGGGAGUCUGAGGCCUGAUAAAGUGCUGCUGGACUACUGCAUCAGGGUUGGAAUUCCCUAAUAAAACCACUGAACUCUGUAGUUUUAUCCAGGACUCCCUUCCUGUUCCCCUGGAGAGAGCUGCUGUCCCAGAUGAGGUUCACUCUGCUUCACACAGUUCGUGAAGAGGACCACGUUUCUCCUUCAUCUGCAUAUUUUCCACACACUCACUCUCAACAUGUCUUCCCUCACAGAAAUGGCAGGACAUCAUAAAGGAGGUGAAGUUUCUCCAGAGGAUCCGGCACCCAAACAGUAUAGAAUACAAAGGCUGUUACCUCCGUGAACACACAGCAUGGGUGAGUCAGCUGUUUGUCUACAUGUACAGAAGUGGAAGAUGAUCAUAUUUACAACUGCAGCUGUUCUGAAGAGCUUUUCUGUUUUUAGCUGGUGAUGGAGUACUGUCUUGGUUCAGCCUCCGACCUGCUUGAAGGUAAGCCGGUGUUUAUUGUGUAUAAUAGACUACACAGACAGAGUGGACUCUGAUAAUGGAACUACUAAAAAUGUGUGUUAACAACCAACGCUAUAAUGUCUUGUUUGGUCAAGAUAUGCUGCAAAAUUCAAGGCUUUUUCCCCCUCGGUGGUGACUUUUCAGUUUCAAGUUAGUCUAAAUGGAAUCACAAAUUAAAACAAAAAUUAAGCUGUUUUAAAAAAUACAUAAAACUAGUCACUGAAAAUUUUUCUCAUCCAAAUGAGAGGUUGGAUCACUUUCUUAUAAAUAGACAGUACCUGCAAACUCCUUCUUUGUAACUAGAUGUAGUGUCCCCUGCUGGUAAUCAGAAAUAAUGCAGUUGAAAUGGACUUCAACAUUGGCUUCAGGUUUGAGACUCUGGGGGGUCGUCAACUUCUCAUAUAGUCAGUAGCGUCAUAGAGCUUUGGUCAUUCUGAAGAGAGGAGGUCACUGUCUCAACUACACCAGCUCAAUGUGGUUCCUGCUUAAAUUUCCGCCUCCUCCUCUUCUUUCAGUUCAUAAGAAACCUCUACAAGAAGUAGAGAUUGCUGCCAUAACACAUGGUGCUCUGCAGGGGCUGGCUUACCUUCAUUCCCACAACAUGAUCCACAGGUGAGCGAGGUUUCAAUGAACAUAACAUCCCUUUAACCCUCCUGCCCUCUUUCUGUCUCGUUUUGUCCUGAUCUGUCUCUUUCUCUCUCCCUGUCUCUCUCGCACACACCCUAACAUAUGUCUCUUUCUCUCUCUCAGGGAUGUGAAGGCGGGAAACAUUCUGCUGACUGAGCCUGGGCAGGUCAAACUGGCAGACUUUGGCUCUGCCUCCAUCGCCUCACCUGCCAACUCCUUUGUUGGAACCCCAUAUUGGUGAGUGAAAACCAGGGCUGGGAUGAUAUGCUUUUCUCCCGAUUUGAGUCUUCUACGAUUUUUUGGAUGCCAGUUCGACUUAAAUUGUGAUUCUAUGAUAUUGUUGAUUUUCUCGAUUUUAAGUCUGCAUUUUUAACACCAGUGAAACAAUUAAACAAUUAUGAUUGUCUACUGACUAUUCCCGGAACCAUAUUUUCCCAAAAAAAAUACACAUCACAUGGAAGUCAGUUUUUAAGAUUUGUUCUUAAAUUUGGAAGAAAAAAAAAAAAUUGAACAAAAAAAUCGAUUUUAAAAUUGUAAAACGAAAAAUUGCGAUACUUAUGUGAAUUGAUUUUCUUCUCCCACCCCUAGUAAAAAUGGAAUAAAUUGAUAUGUAAUUCUUGUUUUAAGUGCAGUUAAAAAAAAUGCUUCCUUCUUAGCCUCUAACUACCAUGAUCAAGACAAACAGAUUCAUGGGUCAAAGUGUUAAAAGUAUUUGCAUACUGGCACACGCGCUAAAGCUGUGUGACGCAUUCAGAUGGUCUGUUGCUGUGAUUAUAAGGGACAGAGUUUCUUCAUUAUUGAGCUCUUAAUAAUAAUAACUGUCAAAAUAAAUCUUAAGAAACGUUAUUUAAUUUCAAACAUUAAUUUUAUCGUGCAUUAAGUGCAGAGAUAUCACCAUCGGAGGUACCACCAGCCUCUCUUUCUCACUAAAUAAAUGAGACCAACCGAGUAUCCAUGAAAAUCCUCUCUUCUGUCAUUCUUUCUCUGCCUCUUUGCCCCUCCUCAUCACUUCAUUCAGGAUGGCCCCAGAGGUGAUUCUAGCGAUGGACGAGGGUCAGUAUGAUGGAAAGGUGGACGUCUGGUCAUUAGGGAUCACCUGUAUAGAAUUAGGUAGGUGAUUGUGUAUGUCUGUUUAUUUCUUUGUCAAAAUAAUUGCAAACAUGUUUCAAAGUGUACAGUAAUAAAGUUUACAGCCCGUUGGAGAUGGACUGAGAUGAAGUGGGAAACUUUUCCAUGUCUGACAAAUAAAAAUUUGUCAUACUUUUUGGAAACCUUAAAUGCCACAUCCUCCACUCUGAGCAGGGGAGGAUUCCCUGGCUAGCAUCACUGGUGGUACGGGGAUGCACAGUGCUUGUUUUCACAUAGAUAUGCGGCUAUCUAGACAUUGCAUUCCCAGGAAAGACCUUUUAUAUUUACGUAAGACUAUGCCAAACUUUAUCCUGCAGCCGCUUGGCUCCUAAUAGAGGAGUCCAGGUGCUAAACUGACCACUUGCAAUCCCAUCUUGUCACCUGCCGAAAACAUUUGGGACCAUUCCUGACUCAAAAAAUACAACAUAGGAAAUCCCAAACAGUUGAGCAAGUGAAAUCCUGUAUCAGGCAAGAAAGGGACCAGGUCUCUUCAGUUCCCAAAUUUUCUGAAGGGUUGUUUAUCAAAGAGGGAAAAAUGGUUUUAUAUUUGUAAUUAAACAGUCAAUUUUUUUCAAUAUUUGACUCAUUGUCUAAAUAAAACAAAGGCGUUCAUUCUGUUUUAUUAUCAUUUCCCACAGCCUCCUUAUUCUCAUGAUAACGACAUAGUAGAUGUGAUUGAUGUGUGUUUAGGUUCAUGAAGUAAUGUUAGUGAAUUAUUUCUCUUCUAGCGGAGAGGAAGCCACCCUUGUUUAACAUGAAUGCAAUGAGUGCCUUAUACCACAUAGCGCAGAAUGAAAGCCCUACACUGCAAUCCAGUGAAUGGUGAGAUCACACACACACACACACACACACACACACACACACACACACACACACACACACACACACACACACACACACACACACACACUGACAUGUCCUUAAAUCCACAAUGAAUGAGUUAAGAUAAUGUAAAAGGCUGUUAUUGGUCUUAAACAGUAACCUUGUGUGUGCAUUAAAACACUGACAGUUCUGUGUGAAUCCAUGUCCGUCUCAUUUUGACCCUUUUUGUCUUACAUGUUUCUUUCAGGACGGAUUACUUUAGAAACUUUAUUGAUUCUUGCCUUCAGAAAAUCCCUCAAGACAGACCACACUCAGACGACUUGCUGGGCGUAAGUGCAUGCACACGUUGCACAAAAAAGACACAGAAACAAAGAGCAGGGUCAGUGUGUUAAGAUGGGAGACCGACAAAGCCCUCUGGUGAUAAAUCUCCCUCUGAUGUUUGCUGUCUGUUCUGCUCUGUCCCCUGUAAGCUUCUAUUUUCAUUCACUAAUCCUCCACUUCCGGAUUCAAACACACACACACGCACGCACACACACACACACACACACACACACACACAAAGCCCAUUUUGUUUUGUAGAAAAAAACUGUGGAGAUGUGACUUCAGCAUUCAUCGUUAAGUAACUGAGCAGCUGUCACUUAGCCUGCUAAUGGACUCUGUAUUGCUAAUGGAAGUCGUCCUUUGAGAGUUAAAGCACAGCACACUGUGUAUCUUUGUGAGUGUCAAGUUUUAAAACUGUACAAUGUCUCAGACAAAAUUCUCAGAUUUUAAUCUCAUUCAGUUGGUUGAAAUGAAAAGAGGUGCACUAAGUUUGAAAUCGAAAGAAACUUCACACACCCAUAUCAAAUAAACCCAUAGUCCAAAUAAGUACCAAAAGUUCUAAGCUAAUUCCCGUACACCAUAUAAGUUUUUCCCAAUGAAGAUGGAGACAGAGCCGGUUUGUGUGGUCAUUAACCCGUAAACACCUUCUUUCUUGAUGGUCUCUCUCUCCCUGUCAUGCAGCAUGCGUUUCUUCAGCGUGAACGUCCGGACUCCGUGUUGAUGGAUCUCAUUCAGAGGACCAAGGAUGCUGUGCGAGAGCUGGACAACCUGCAGUACCGUAAGAUGAAGAAGAUCCUCCUUCAAGAGGCCCACAACGGACCAACAGCAGAGGCCCAGGAUGGAGAUGAGGUAUCUGAAAAUGUCUAUUUGAAAAUCGUUGUGAAGCUAGAAUAAGAUAUUUUUCAAGCACAGAGAUACAUUUGUAAUUCUUAUGGUUUCCACCAAGCAGAGAAAAUAACCCAGCAUACAUUGGUUUGUACGCAUGUCUGUGUGUCUGUGUCUUGUGGUCUCUCUCGUGUUCCUUCUCUCUUGCUCCUUCACUCUCCCUCCCUGUCUUUCCUUUUCUCCCGCUUUGCUCUUUCUGAUGCAUCUCCAGGAGCUGGAGCAGGGUGGGGGUCGGACAGGAACGGUGAACAGCGUUGGUAGUAAUCAGUCCAUCCCCAGCAUGUCCAUCAGCGCGAGCUCGCAGAGCAGCUCUGUCAACAGUCUGAAUGAAGCAGCCCAGGACAGCCGCAGCGAGCUGGACCUGAUGGAGGGAGACCACACGGUCAUGUCCAACAGCUCUGUCAUACACCUCAAACCGGUGGGUGAAUUUACACAGACAAACACAAAGAUCAUUGUCAUUGCUAAAUAAAGGGCACUUCUAUAGAUUUAAAGGGAUAUUCCGGCAUAAAAUUAAUCUAGGGUCAAACGCACCUUAACACAGAGUUAGACAACCCGUCGAGGGAUGAAUGUUGCCAACCUCUAAAUAUACCAACUUUAGUAACAACCGCAGGAUAGAUAGGAUAAUACACAGCGGUCGUAGGAGCCGUAAACAAACCUCAACCAAAAUGCCACUCUAUAGCCACAAAUAAUGCUCAGAACAGCACCUAACAACCGUAUAUAUAGGUUCUCAGCCAUACUACUAGCCAUCAAACGUCUGAUGAGUCGGUCACCGAGUGCAGUUUAAGGAAGAACAUUUAUGAUUAUUACUUCAUGGAAAUGCAAUCAGACCGAGACGCUAAGGUAGAAGAACUACUGCGUCUGCAGUGCAAAAUGAUUAAUAUGAUGAUUAUUACUUUAAGAAAAUGAUAACGUAAUGAUCAUAAAUGUUCUUCCUUGAGUUGCGACACCCUGCUGCAGUCUGGACUGGACUUUCAUUAGCAUAUUUUUUACAGUGUUUGUUCGGUUGUUAAAAGUAAUGCCAGCAUUAUUUUCUUUUACUAGAACAGCAAACAACUGUUUUUUUUAGAUAUGUAAACUGUGUUUGCUCUUUUCAUAACUGGGCUCUGUUACUCUCAUGUGUUUUUAUGAAAACUAACGUCUGAUUGUUUGAUUUGUUGUGUGUUUGUCACAGAGUUUUUCUCUGCACUCACAAAGGCAUGUUUUAUUGAAUACAAGACUCCCUCUCUGAUUGUCUCCUUUACUGUCUUGAUCACUUCCUCUCUCAGUCCCUAAACCUCCCAUGCUUCUUUUAUUAUGCAUGUGAGCUCUUAAAUAUUACAACGACAUAAUCUGUUAACUGCUGUAUUUUGUCUCCAGGAGGAAGAGGAGAGUUUCUCUGGGGAGCAGGCGGCCACAAGUCAACCCUCUGAGCCUCAGCCGACUCCGGCCGCGGCCCCAAAGAAGCACUGCCGCAACAGAGAGCACUUCGCCACCAUCCGCACAGCGUCACUUGUGAGAACACAUUGGUUUAUUCCCAUAUGCAUUACCCUCACUCCUUUCAUUUCAAAUAAUUAAAGUCAUCUAUAUUUUAUUAUCAGUUGUACUUUUUCUCGUUUUCGUUCAAAUCUCAAUGGACUGCCGAUUCUGUUCUGCAGGUGACCCGUGAGAUGCAGGAGCAUGAGCAGGACUCAGAGCUGCGGGAGCAGAUGUCAGGGUACAAACGCAUGAGGCGGCAGCAUCAGAAGCACCUGAUGGCACUGGAGAAUAAGCUGAAAGGAGAGAUGGAUGAGCACAGACUGAGACUGGACAAAGAGCUGGAGAGUCAGAGGAGCAACUUUACCCAGGAGAUGGAGAAGCUCCUCAAAAAGCACCAGGCAGCCCUUGAUAAAGACGUACGUUCAAGAAAAACUAUUGACAAAAGAUAAACUCUGAGGUUAAACACAGACCCACUGAUCCUGAUCCUUAUUUCUGGACUUGAAUAUUCAGAAGUUUCUGUUUUUAAAGCAUGUUUCCUUAACUGAAACUCCUUUUUUUUUUGUCUUUGACUCAUUUUUUAGUUGAAAACGUUCAGUAACGAUGAAAAGAAGUUCCAGCAGCACAUCCAGGUGCAGCAGAAGAAAGAGCUGAGCAGCUUCCUGGAGUCACAGAAAAGAGAAUAUAAACUACGCAAGGAGCAGCUCAAAGAGGUGGCACACUUUUUCCCACAUGCAUCUUCAAAACUUAAGUGUUCACAGUUUUCUCCACGUCAUUCAGGAUUAUUAUUUUUCCUGCAGUAUUAAAAAAAAUGAAUUAUAUUCAAUAGAUUAUACCAUAAGCAACAUCAAGAAGCAGCAAAUUGAGAUGACUUAGAGGCUAAAACUGAAGUGAAAUGAUUUGGAAAUACAACCUGCGUUGCUUACUUCAAACUGAUUUGCGAUUUCAUUAAAUGCUGUCAUUAACCCGAUUUAAUAUGGUGUGAUUCAUAUCAUUUGCAUUGGGUGAUACGAGGCUAUCAACAUUAACACAAACUGACAUUAUCUUUCUCCGAAAUUUAGUGUGAAAAUGUACUCAGACUUACAAAACACAAAGUCAUACUCUUACAUUAAAAAACAUGGUGAUGAGUGCCCUCGAUGAUUGAAAAAAACUGCACAUUAUCUUGACAGGAACUGAGUGAGAACCAAUCGACUCCCAAGAAGGAGAAGCAGGAGUGGCUGUCCAAACAAAAGGAGAACAUCCAACACUACCAGGUCAGAGAUCUCCCACACAGUACGCACGUUUGCCAAGAUUAAAUGGAGAUUUUACAUAGGACCUGAUUUUCCAGCCUUGAUGAGCUUGACAUUUGUAGUUUUCCUGAGGCGUCUUGGUUAUUUUUUUGCCACAUGGUUAAACUUUGCAGGCGGAGGAGGAGGCCAACCUGCUGAGGAGGCAGAGGCAAUACCUGGAGCUCGAGUGUCGGCGGUUUAAGCGCAGGAUUCUCAUUGCAAGACACAAUGUGGAGCAAGAUCUCGCCAGAGAGGUAUACAGUCAUAAAGACAGAGGUGGCCCUUAUUCGUUUUUUGAUGUGUUUCUUGUAAUUGAAGUCCAACAUCACGUUCUCUUUUUCCAGGAGCUGAACAAGCGGCAGACACAGAAGGACCUGGAGCACGCUAUGCUGCUGAGGCAUCAUGAGUCGAUGCAGGAGCUGGAGUUCAGGCACCUGGGGACCAUUCAGAAGGCACGAGCCGAGCUGAUCCGGACCCAGCACCAGACGGAGCUUACCAACCAGCUGGAGUACAACAAGAGGCGAGAGAGGGAGCUCAGGAGGAAGCAUGUAAUGGAGGUCCGGCAGCAGCCCAAGAGCUUAAAGGUGCAGAGACACAUGAAUGUAGUUCUUAAAGUGAUGUUGCCACAAACUGCGUAACACCUACAGUACUGAGGCAAAGCCCCCUCACUCACCAUCUUCUCUUUACCUUUUCUCCUCCAGUCCAAGGAGCUCCAGAUUAAGAAGCAGUUCCAGGAGACUUGUAAAACUCAGACCAGGCAGUACAAAGCCCUCAGGAACCACCUGCUGGAGACCACACCCAAGUCUGACCACAAGGCUGUGCUGAAGAGACUGAAAGAGGAGCAGACCAGGAAGCUGGCCAUCCUGGCCGAGCAGUACGACCACUCCAUCAAUGAAAUGCUCUCCACACAGGCUGUGAGUACUCAGGAGAAGAAAGUCCACAUAAAAAAACAAACAAACAUGCUUAAGAAGACGAUAAGUAUCUUUCUCUUUUCAUUUCUUUCUCCAUCUUUCACCCUCAGCUGCGGUUGGACGAGGCUCAGGAGGGGGAGUGUCAGGUUCUGAGGAUGCAGCUGCAGCAGGAGCUGGAGCUUCUCAAUGCAUACCAGAGCAAGAUCAAGAUGCAGACGGAUGCUCAGCACGAUAAGGAGAGGAGAGAUCUGGAGCAGAGGGUCUCUCUGCGGAGAGCUCUGCUGGAGCAGAAAGUAAGAAAGAUGCUAGACCAGGAUGUGUGUCUGUGUUUUUAAGAGUGAAUUUUACACCACGGCUGUGACUUCUGGGCUGUAUAUUAAUCACUUCUUUCUGAGUGCUUUAGUGUUGAAGUUGUGUACGGUCUUGUUGAUGUUUUAUUUAGAAAUAUCUUCUUUUGACACACAUAAGGGAAAAUGAAUUAUAUAUCUAAGUGUUAAUUAACCAAGAACUUACUAUAGCUUGUUGUUUAAGAAGACAAAUGUCAGAAAUGUUCUCUCCCUCUCACCUGACAUUAACUUCAAAAUCAUCUGCUCCACCCAGAUCGAGGAGGAGAUGCUCGCCCUGCAGAACGAGCGUCUUGAGCGAAUUCGCUCCCUGCUGGAGCGUCAGGCCCGGGAGAUUGAGGCCUUUGACUCAGAGUCCAUGAGGCUCGGCUUCAGCAACAUGGUGCUUACUAACCUGGCCCCCGAUUCUCAGGGAGGCUGGGGGGGAGGAGGUGGAGGAGCUCAGGGGGGAGGCCACUGGCCUGGAAGUGGAGGAGGAGGAGGAGGCGGCCACCACAGUCAUCACCACCAGGGGGGCUCCAGCUCUCAGCAGCCUUGGGGUCACCCCAUGCUGGCUGGGGGCCCGCCACCCUGGAGCCUCCACCACCCUGGAGGAGGGGGUCAGAGGGGGAGUGGGGGAGGCGCAGGAGGGGUGAGGAACAGCCCGCAGGCUAUGAGGAGGACGUCAUCUGGGGGGAGGAAUGAACAGGGCAUGAGCAGGAGCGCCAGCAUCACCUCUCAGAUCUCCAAUGGAUCCCACCUGUCUUACACCUAAAAUACACACACACACACAUGCACACUUACGCACACCAUGCAUGCACCACACACACACACAUACACACACGCCUCCCACACAAUUGUUGUCUCCGACAGUUCACCUAAAACAGUGUUAACGCUCGGUUUACCUCAGCUGAGUUUCUCUCCUGUCACCACUUCGACUCUCUGUGAUCAGCGCUCGCUGCCGUCUGUAGAAACCCAGAAGUCUUGAGACCAAUUCAAGAUGGCUGACAGCCAUGUAAAGAAUGCCACAGUGCAGUAGUGUCAUUUUUACUGUAGCCUGCUGAGCUCUGUGUUUGUUUGCCGUGUUAGUCUCUGUUGCCAUACAGCCAGAGUAGUACAUAUAUACUGUAUAUUUACUACCAGAAGUUUAAUCUCAAGUCGUUUGUUUGCAGUGUUAUUUUUAACAUGAUAGCACAUCAAGGUGCAUUAUGGGAAAACUUUGAUUCAGGACGCUGUUUAUAGAAUGACAUUUACAAAUCUGUCCUCGUGCAAAUUCUUCCGAACCACUCAAAGCACAGACAUCUUACUGAUGUAAUUCAAUGAGAUUAUUGUUUAUGUGCAAUCUUAGAGGGAGAGGAGAAGACAGGAGGUGCUUAAAGGCGUGAGCAGACGCUGUAGACGGGUUCAGUGAGGAAUGGAAAAAGAAAGUUGUUGCAGGUGAGUAGCAGUUGGUAUCAGUGACGUUAUGGUCACAGCGCAGGGACAGUCUUGGUGAAUCAGAGGGAGCUGUAAGUGUGUAAACCUUUCACUCCUGCCUCAGUGACUUUAACUCUCUUAAGUGAACCUGUCAAAUAAAAAACAACUUCCUUCUCAGUCCUCAAUGCCAAAGAUGCCAAAGGUAAAGGCGUGUAGAUUGUCAAGUUAGUCAUCCAUGCCAAUAUUUAAUGAGAUUGUGCCAGAGAUGCAGCUUUAGUUAAUCAGUUGUGGCCAAGUAAUUGCAUGUGUUGCAGAAUCAGGUGAGAGCGUGCUCAGCCUUGUUGGCUCGACUCUUGGGUUUCCACAGGUUGCUCCUUUUCACUUUCGCCUGCUCGGUGGACGCGGCGUCAAAAGAAAACUGUAGCCUUUAUAACCGGCAGCCUAAACACGGAGAGGAUUUAUCAGCAGCAGAGAACCUCUACUUGAAUAGUCGACAAAGUGGUGUUCACCGGUUCCUUGUUUGCAGUAAUUUCUUGGUCUAAAUUGGUGAUGCUGAAUAUAACCACGCCUGUUAGCCUACCUCAAAGUAGAGCUUCACAACAGCACAGUAGGGUGAGGUGAUUUAACAAUGAUUAUUCACACACAUACACACACAUAUAUUCACACAAACACUUAAAAAAGUGAAAUUGAAUUCCCCAGAGGAGAGUUUUUCCCUUUGCACACUUGGAUGAUGAAUGCAUGUAGGUUGGGAAAUGUAGUGAAAACUGGUAAGUUGCGCACCUAGCAGUCGUUAGCUUGAAUCGGCGUCUCAGCUGCCUACAAAGUAUCUGUGUGUGUGUGUGUGUGUUGUUUUGAGUUUUAUAAAGAUCAUUUGGAGGGGCUUACUGAACAAACAGGAAGCAGAAAGAGCCGCUUCCCGCUCCCUGCUGGUGGGUGACGGCUGAGCGUGUCGGCUGAUGGGCGGUGAUGCUGUGAUCUCCGCUGCCAUGCCCCUGCGACUUUCCCCCUUCUGACACCCCGCUCUGUCUCACCCACGUUCUGACCACAGAGCCCCCCCUCCCUUUCUAACUCUGUAUCUACCCUGUGUGAGCUCUGUGUGGCCAUCACCUCCUCCCCAACUCCUAUGGGAGGAACUCUUUUAGAGAAAGUAAAGAAAAAAAAGGAAAUGUAUUAUUAUUAUAAUAUAAAUCUAUUCAAAGAGAAGGGUUCUAGAGAAAUAAAGGUGGAAGUCUUAUUGUAAAAUGCAGAAAUGAUGCAUUAUGAGUCUCAGAGGUGGAAUGUACAGAAAACCUGUUAAUAUUGUAUAUUUUGAAUUUAAAAAUAUGGAAAUCUAAUCGACAAAUCAGAGUCAAACUAACCUGUUGUGAUACAGACACAGUGACAUGGUUUUACACCAGUGGUGUUCACACGACUUACAGCCGCUGGGUCUUUGCUGUCUUCCUUGCAGCUGCGAGUUCACAAACAUGUUACAGAUAUUCUGUUGUGGAUGGUAACAACACAACUCUAGGUCAGAUUGCCUUGAGAAACGGCAACAUUUUGUUAAUGCUGAAUAAGAGUGAUUUUGCACAUCAUUUCAAAUGUAGUUAUGUGUAGCCAUUGCUUUUGCACUGGCUGUAUUUUACUGACACUUUGAUGAUUCCCAAUAUAGAAAACCUAACCCAUGGAUGUAAGAUUUCUUUGUUUUAAGACUUUCAGACCUAAAUUCAAGGUUUAGUAAGAAAGAAUAAGAAAAGAUUGUUUUCAAAAACACACUCUGUAAGAAUUGCGUCUGCAUCGAUGAUAUUCGGCACACUCCAGAACCUGAAAGUCAUUCCAAAUUCUUGCACAAGACAGUGAAAAUAUAUUGUUUGAAAUCUACCAAGGGUUACUCUAGAUGUUGUGGGGUCCACUGAUAGUGUUUGGACUUUUAUUUUGAUUGAUGAAAGUUGCGCCCUCUUGUGGUUUUACACAAAGCAUUCUCACACUGCACUUAAGUAUUGCCUUGAUAAAUCAUACCACCAUGCACUCGGAACUGAUACUCAGCUGGUUUCCUCGGCUCAGCUCUGAAACAGAAAAGAAAAGAAAAAACCCACAGAAUGUGGAGGUUUCACUUCUCUCUUCAGCCAGUAUGCCAUUGGACCCCACAUCUUUUACUGAUCUGUUCUCGGCUUCUUUAGUGUUUUAUUUCCUUUUAUCCCUGAAAGGAUUGUUUUAUGUUUCAGAUGGUGUCUGGCCAAACCAGUGGCAACUUUUAUUUAAACCCUCUCCUGUGUUUACUAGAACCCCCACGUGUUUUGCAGACGGUCGGGGCAGAGCCUAGCUUUAGACCUUGGUCACUCUGAACUGGAUCAGUUGCACUGAUUGCACAAGUGAUUGACCAGAUCAAAGGGUCUGCUGUGACCCCUCCUCUGCUAUUGGCUGAAAGUAGACAGGAGGGGGAGCACAUCUCUGUAUAGUCUGUUUAUCAGUAUUCCCUUUAUUUCUCCUGUCAUUUGGUGGAUCUUGCUGUUUUAUUCUCCGUAGUCCAGAGACCUGUAUUAAACUGUAUUAAAUUGUAUAGAUUGUGCAAAAAGCUGAAUGUUGCAUAGCAGAAGAGAAAAAGCUAUUCCUCACAGAUGACAAAGUGAUUUAAAAUGUAUAAAAGAAAUUCAGAAACAAAGUUUAGGGGAUAAAUGUAAUAUUUUGUUUGUAAUUACUUUUUUUUUGUUGGAAGAGGGCUACUGGACAAAAAAAAUCGUCUGUAAUAAAGUAAUUUUAAUAUUU